CCCUGGGCCAGGCUCCCAUGUGGGAAGCGGUUUAAGAGGGGUUGGCUUGUUGUUGAACUGGGUAGAGAAAGGAACAACCCUACCCCUUUCUCGAAGUUUGGCUGGGGUGGGAGUGGGGGCGGAGCCGGGCAGGGGGCGGAUUCGACGGCAGCAACUCCCCGGACGCACGCAGGCCUCGGAGCCCCCCAGCUUCCGUGCCCCCUCGGCCCUCAAACUUGAAGCAGGCCUCCAAAGAGAAGUUCCCUAGGGCCGGGGUGUACCGAGCCCGAGAGUAACAGUACCGAGGGGGAUCCGAAAGGGGAGCGCGAGGUCCUCGCCUGGGCUCCGCAGCCCGGUAAGAAGCUGGGGUUGGGUGGGGCCCAGUUGGCUGCCCUGCGCCUAGUGGCCAUUUCACAAAUAUUCCUCUCUUAUUAGCAUAAGGUAGCAUCUAAUUUGCAUGGAACCCACUUAACCGCAGAGACCUCCGCGCAGCUCUUCGUCUUACAGACCGAUGCCUGUUCCCCCUUCCCCUCCAUUUCUGAAGGCCCCGAACCGCCCCCCCCCCCGGCAGGCAGAGUGUCCUCGCGCCCCACCCCUGGCCCCCGGCCAGCGCAGCCUCCAGGACUUCGCCUUAAUUGGUGAUUAGUCUUAGCUGGCGUCCCGGGGCCUAGAGGGAAGAAGGGUCUGGGGGAAGGCGGCACCUGGGUGGUGCUCCCCACAAAGAGUUCCCCCAUACACGCCCCCGUACCACGGGGGACCCGAUUCACCCCCGCGCCGCCGGGGACCGCUCCAAGACAGCUGCACGCAGGCCGAGGCCCCCAUUCGGCCCCCCCUAGAGGUUGAGGGUCGACCCGGGCCGACUCCGCGCUCGCUCGGCGGUGGGAGCCGAGAUGCGGGAAGGAGGGAGGGGGUCCCCGGGCCGGGGGAGGACGGCCCUGCCUGGAGGGAUGGAGGCGCCGGGGACGUGGAGUGGGAACGAGCUGGCGCUUCGGGGAGGGGCAUCGGGGCGGGAACCCGGCCCGGGCUGGAGAGGGAACGCGCGGGGGAGGCGGGGCCGGGCCGCAGAGGCCCCGCCCCGCGGCGGCUCCGCGCUGGGGCCUGUUAUUCCGCUCGCCGCCCGGCUCGGACCCGCGCAGCGCCCGUGGCUCGGGGAGUCGGCCUCCCGCCUCCUCAUCUCCCAGGCCUAGAACCACCCGCAAACUGAGGCCGGAGACAGAGCCCGAGCGGUUGCCGCAUCCUGGCCCAGCCUCUCCCACCAUCCCUCCCACUGGCUGGACAUCUGGACCCUGGGCCCCCGCACCGAGAGGGUUCCGGAAACCCUCCCCGCCCAGUUUCGGGCCUGGCCCCGCACCACCUUCUCUCCAGAUCUCCCCCCCGCCAACCCUCCUCCAGACCAGACUCACGUCUACUCCUGGACCCCCUUUCCUCAUCUCCUCCCUCCCCCUCCUCCAGCCUGGACCGGGGUAGGAGGGAGGGGGGUGUGCGCCCUGCGCCAUCCCCGCCCCGCCCCCCUUGAUUCCUCCUGCAUGGCCCGCCCGGGUGGGGGAGGCGGGGGGCCCCGGGCGCCAUGCGGGGGGGACACAAAGGGGGUCGCUGUGCCUGUCCCCGUGUGAUUCGAAAAGUGCUGGCAAAAUGCGGCUGCUGCUUCGCCCGGGGGGGACGUGAGUCCUAUUCCAUUGCUGGUAGUGAGGGAAGUAUAUCGGCUUCUGCUGCCUCGGGUCCAGCUGCCCUUUCUGGCCCCAGCUCUGGCCUCAGCUCUCGGCCCUGUUCACCAGGCCCUCCAGGGCCUGUUGGUGGCCUGAGAAGAUGGCUGGAUCACUCCAAACACUGUCUCAGUGUGGAAACAGAGGCAGAUGGUGGUCAAGCAGGACCAUAUGAGAACUGGAUGCUGGAGCCAGCUCUAACCACGGGAGAGGAGCUCCCAGAACUGGCCUUGUUGACAACAUUGUUGGAGAGCCCUGGAGCUAAACCACAGCCACCUGAAGAAGAGACUUUGUCCCAAGCUCCUGAGAGUGUGGAGGAGCAGAAGAAGAAGGCUCUGGAAAGGAGUAUGUAUGUGCUGAGUGAACUGGUAGAAACAGAGAAAAUGUACGUGGACGACUUGGGGCAGAUUGUGGAGGGUUACAUGGCCACUAUGGCUGCUCAGGGAGUCCCUGAGAGUCUUCGAGGCCGUGACAGGAUUGUGUUUGGAAAUAUCCAGCAAAUCUAUGAGUGGCAUCGAGACUAUUUCCUGCAAGAGCUCCAGCGGUGUUUGGAGGAUCCUGAUUGGUUGGCUCAGCUAUUCAUCAAACAUGAGCGCCGGCUGCAUAUGUACGUGGUGUACUGUCAGAACAAGCCCAAGUCAGAGCAUGUGGUGUCAGAGUUUGGAGACAGCUACUUUGAGGAACUCAGGCAGCAGCUGGGGCAUCGCCUGCAGCUCAAUGACCUCCUCAUCAAACCUGUGCAGCGGAUCAUGAAAUACCAGCUGCUGCUCAAGGAUUUUCUAAAGUAUUACAGUAGAGCUGGGAUGGAUACUGAAGAGCUAGAGCAAGCUGUGGAGGUCAUGUGCUUUGUGCCCAAGCGCUGUAAUGACAUGAUGUCUCUAGGGAGACUGCGAGGAUUUGAGGGAAAACUGACUGCUCAAGGGAAACUCCUGGGCCAAGAAACAUUCUGGGUUACAGAGCCUGAGGCUGGGGGACUACUGUCUUCCCGUGGUCGAGAAAGGCGUGUCUUCCUUUUUGAGCAAAUCAUUAUCUUCAGUGAGGCCUUGGGAGGAGGAGCACGAGGUGGUACACAGCCUGGAUAUGUGUACAAGAGCAGUAUCAAGGUGAGCUGCCUGGGGCUGGAGGGGAACCUCCAAGGUGAUCCUUGCCGCUUCACAUUGACCUCCAGAGGGCCAGAGGGUGGGAUCCAGCGCUAUGUCCUGCAGGCUUCAGACCCAGCAAUCAGUCAAGCCUGGAUCAAGCAAGUGGCUCAGAUCCUGGAAAGCCAGCGGGACUUCCUCAAUGCAUUGCAGUCACCCAUUGAAUACCAGAGAAGAGAGAGCCAGACCAACAGCCUGGGGAGGCCAGGAGUUCCUGGGGUAGGGAGCCCUGGGAGAAUGAGGCCUGGAGACCGGGCCCAGGUCAGCAUACACACACCCAUCAAUGGCUCUCUCCCUUCCCUGCUGCUGUUGCCCAAAGAGGAGGUGGGCAGAGUCCCCCUGCCCCUGAACACACAGACUCUCAAUGAUACCCCCAAGGCUCCUCAAGAGUCUCUUUCAGCCUUUCCAACUCCAAACAGCCCUCCCUGCCAGGCCAGACUUGCCAAGUUGGAUGAAGAUGAGCUGUAACUGAUGAAGGCCAUGGGGGUGGUACUGAUUCAGCCACCUAUUCCCCAAGGAACUUGAGGUUAAUCUUCUGGCAGUACUCCAGUAUUCUUCGCUCUUGCUCCACUCAGAGGGUGGGAAAGGCUGGGAGAGCUGUCAGCUUGGAGGAGAAUAUCUAGACCCCAAAAGACUUCUUUCUGCCCAAGGCACACCGGAUCCUCCAGCUCCACCCCUAUGCAUGCAUCACAGUCCCCUCAAAAGGAGGAUGUGUGAGUGUCUAGGAGGGAGGGAUAGGGCAGGGGCCAGAUAGAAAUGAUUUGUUUUGCUUUUGAUUCUGUGUUUUCUGUUUUCUGAAAAUAAAAGUUUUGUUAUAUCACCAGGUUGUUGUCUUGGCAGAGGGAUAGAGAGGCUGCAUGGGGUAGGAGAGGUGAAGUGAUAUGGAAGAGGUCAGCUGGCCUUGGCAUUUGAGGAAAGAAGGGCACAGGAUAAAAUACGUCACUGUCUUUUCUUUAUU